AUGGGAGUACUUCACGUUAUAGUCGCUGUGUUCCUGCUAUGCGAGUAUGGGGGGAAAGCCGUUGGACCAAGACCUUUCCCUCGCAGACAGCCUCCUCCUCCAGUAUUGAGUCGCAUAUUCAUUCCACCGCCUCCACCUUUUCCACGAGACAUUCCGCGUGCUCCGGGAGGCGAAAGAAACUGCCCCGUGUGUCCAUUUAUUUCGACGGUCAAAUGUAGACGUGGUCGGACCAACUGCGUUGAACCACUCGUAACAUACAGAAGAAGAGGGUGCAGUGGAACUGCGACGAUACACUGCAAAGCCCCGGGCUCUAAAACCUCGUUGGACAUCAAACUACGAGCGAAUUGGCAACGAGUACAGUCUUCAACACUUAUCAGACAAAAAGUGCUUUGCAGAAGAGGUAGAUGGUACACAAACAAUGGCCUUGGCUUCAGCAAGAAUCAAGAACGACGGGCACCAUUAAGUCGACCGCGACAGGCACCACUGAGUCGACCACCACAGGCACCACCGAAUCGACCACCACAGGCACCACAGAGUCAACUACGACAGGCACCACUGAGUCGACCACCACAGGCACCACCGAAUCGACCACCACAGGUACCACUGAAUCAACUACGACAGGCACCACUGAGUCGACCACCACAGGCACCACCGAAUCGACCACCACAGGCACCACAGAGUCAACCACGACAGGCACCACUGAGUCGACCACCACAGGCACCACCGAAUCGACCACCACAGGUACCACUGAAUCAACCACGACAGGCACCACUGAGUCGACCACCACAGGCACCACCGAAUCGACCACCACAGGCACCACAGAGAGCACCAGAUAGGCUGGCUCAACAGGCUGGUUGUGGACCAGCAAGGGAGGAGUAG